AUGCACCCUGCAUUACGCGAGAGAUGCGCGUUACCCGUCGACCUCUACGAGAAGGCCCUCUCCUGGUAUUUCGACAGCGAGGAAUUCAACUGUUGGUUGAAGAAGGAUCGAACAUGGCACUUGCGGUGUCCUGGUGGGCCCGGAUCGGGUAAGACUACGCUAGCAGCACUGGCCUCUGACUUUCUAAGCAAGCGAUUUGAGAGCAAGCCUGACGUUGCAGUCGCUUCGGUCUUUGUCGUUGCCGACGUCGAUGACAGCGGUGAAGACGCAGCGGCGUUUGUGGAGAGCGUCCUGGCCAGCCUCUGCCGCCAAUUUCGCAGGGAUACCGGUGCCAAUGCUUGCGCGGCGGACGAAAUUUACCGUGCAUACGUGGCGGCGUGCGAACGCGGUGACAGGUUCUCCCGCCGCAUCAAACUCCUGCGGAAGGCUUUGUACGCUCGCCUAUUGAGCCUCGAUCAGGCUUUCCUAAUCGUUGACGAUUUUGACCGUUGCGGCGAUGCUAUCGAGAUUUUCUUCGAGGACGAAUUCGCCAGACUUCGCAGGCACGGCCUGAAGAUUUUCGUUACCUCACGCAUCGUGUUCCAGCGGACCGAGCAUAACGCCUGGUGUGAUACCGUCGAUGCAGAUGAAGAACCAUGCCCCAGCCGUGGAAUCAGUGUCUACUGGAAAUGCAAGAAAUGUUACUUGAACGGGGUUGAUGAUGAUUAUGUCAUCUGCGAACAAUGCAUGUUGCGAGGUGAGGGCUGCAAGACUUGCGGACCGGGAUCCGAGCUCUACGAGCCAUACUCCUACCUCGAACUAGACCUCUCCAUCGACCAGGACAUCGCCACAGACUUCACCUGCUGGAGCCUCGAAGCCGAGCACGGCGACCUCGGCCUCGACACCGACAACGACAACAAGCCCCCCCUCUCCGCCCUCGGGCGCGUGCUGGUCAACCGCGGCGGGCCCGCCGUGAUACGGGACCUGGUCGAGUCGAUCGCGAACGACGCGAUGAACAACCUGACCUUCGCCAAGCUGCGGCUCGACACGAUCCGCGCCGCGCAGUCCAUCGACACGGUGCUCAGGGUCGGCGAUCGCCUGCCUGCGAACCGCAUCGCCAUGUUCGGCGCCGCCAUCAAGCGCAUUGCGGGGCAGCCGCAGCCGCAGAGCCGGCUGGGCUUGACGGCCAUCUCGGCGGCGGCGAAUCACUUCAACGGCAAGUCGUUCAGGGAGCUGGAACGCGAGCUGCAACGGGUCGUUCCACGAAGCGGUGGCGAUCACGGCUCACGGCAUUACACGGUGCAGGAGGUGCUGAAGGCGGCAGGAGGAUUCCUGAUGCUCGACAAUUCGACGGAUCAGGUUGUGGCGCCGUACCAUGAGUCAUUUUUCUUGUACGUGAUGGAAAAGUACGACGAGCUGCUCGUGUGGACGCACGGAGACUUGCGGGAAUCCGUCCUCGAGUCGACGCAAAGAUGGGCUUAUCACCACAAAACCUACCAAAACCUUAAGGCGAGUGCUGUCGCAGAAGAGCCAUGUGCAUUCUGCCGUGUGCUGUAUGAGGACGUGCGUUUGGCCGCCGAGGCCUUCGACGAACCGCUCUAUCGAUGGAGCAUCACCAGGCCAGCGGCCAUUCGGGAAAGCCAAGAACCCGUGGUCAUCACCUUCAGGCCGACCCGGCCUAUCAAAAUCGCGACGCCGACCGACAACAUACGUGAGGAAUUCCCGCCGGAGAGGGAAUUCUACAUGUACCCUGAGACUGACCUCACCACCCUCCUCCCCUCCUCGCCCCUCGGUCCAAGCACAAACUCCCCCCAAUCAUGGACCCAAGUCUCCCACUGGCUGCAAACCUGCCUCUCGUCCCACCCACGCUGCAACAAACCCCGCGGGCCAGACAGCUUCGUCCCGACCCGCCUCCUCGACGUCCAGCACCCGCUCCCCGGCUACAUCGGCCUCGUCGAAACCAAAUCGCACCCAGCCUUCACCAACCCCUCCACCCCCUCCUCCCCACCCCCCGUCUACUGCACCCUCAGCCACUGCUGGGGCCCCUCCCCCUCCUUCCUCCGGCUGCGCGCCAGCAACCUCACGUCCUUCCUGCGCCACGGCAUCCGCAUCGGCGAGCUCGGCAACCUGAACUUCGCGCACGCGGUCGAGGCGUGCCGGCAGCUGGGCGUGCGCUGGCUCUGGAUAGACUCGCUGUGCAUCGUGCAGCACUGGGUGGAUGGCGACGAGGCGCCGCCCGACGACGCGGCGCACCGCGCGCUCGAGGAGGCGGAUUGGCACCACGAGGCGCCGUUUAUGCACCAGGUGUAUCGGAAUUCGUAUUGUAAUAUUGCGGCGGCGGAUUCGGCGGAUGCGGAAGGGGGGUUGUUUAGGGAGAGGGGGGAGAAGGUGGGGAGGGACGGUGGUGGGAGUGUGACGUAUAAGGCGGCGAGGGGGGAGGAGGCGGAUGCCGUGUUUGGGGAUAGGACGUGGCGGGUUGUGUCGGGGGAUAUAUGGCAGACGGAGCUGCUGGGGACGCCGUUGUAUGCGAGGGCGUGGGUGUUCCAAGAACGCAUGCUCUCCCCCCGCCUCCUCCACUUCACCGCCCACCAACUCUUCUGGGACUGCGCCACCCUCAGCGCCUGCGAGUCCUUCCCCUCCGGCCUCCCGCAACCCCUCGACGCCCCCGCCGUCACCGACCGACACUGGCGCGCCCGCCUCCUGCAGGCCUCCUCCAGCACCACCAACGCCGACCACCAAAAGAUGCGCGACACCAUCAACGCCCCCCUCGCCACCGCCACCGACAUCUCCCUCGAGCAAUUCUGGCACACGGCCGUCUCGUCCUACACGCGCUGCGCGCUGACGCGCUCGUCCGACCGCGCCGUCGCCGUCUGGGGCGUCGCCAAGCCCUUCCGCGACAGCAUGCUGCGCGAGCGGUAUGCCUACGGCUUGUGGGAGCGCGGGCUGGAGGAGCAGUUGGCGUGGAAGUUGGAGAAUGUGCCGCUGCCACAUCAAACCCCCAUGACAACGACGAACGCUAAUAAACUGAGACCGACGCACGCGGGCCCCGCCUCCGCACAGCCGCCGAAUCCGUUUCCGUCUUGGUCGUGGAUGGCGGCGGCGGAUGUUGGUGGGCCCGUCGUGCUGGCGGACAGACUGCCGGGGCGGCGGUCGUACAUGGUUAAGGCGCAUGAUGGGGAGAGUGUCGUUGCGUUCGAGUUGGCGGCUGGGUUUCGCAAGCAGCGGGUAAAGGCCGAGACGAAGUUUGGGACGUGGGAGGAGCAGUUUGGGGAGUGGGAUAAGCGGAUGGCGGAGAUAGAGAAGCAUGAAGAGCGGAGGCGGAGGAUGGUGGUGGUAGCUAAAGAUCCGACGGCAGCAGCAGGAGCAGGGCGGAAGUUGGGGAGGAUUGGGGAAGAGGAGGAGGAGGAUGAGGGGGGCGAGGGAGAGAGGGAGGUAGAUGAGGAAGAGGAGGCGGAGAAGCUGAGGGACGAGCAUCCGCAGCUGGCGUCGAACUCGAUUGCGUUGUAUGGCUACGUUAGCCGCGCCAGGUGCGUGUAUGAUGCGGAGAGGGAGGAUUACAGGCUUGAGAUCGAGGGGUGGGAAGAGGAUCAGUACCGGGUAGAGGCCUUUCCUGACAUGGUCCUCGAGCACGGUGCCGUGGUCUAUUUUAUGAUCCUGGCUGCCACUGCUGAAGUCUUCGAGGAGGAGGGCUGGGGGGAUGACUACGACGAGGAGAAUGAGUAUGAUGAAGAUGAGGACAAUCAAGACGACGAAGAUGAGGACGUCGAGGACGUCGAUGCCGUCGAGGCCGUUGAGAAUGGCGAUGAUGCUGUGGAGGAUGACAGCGACGGUGCUGCUGAAGAAUUAGACCCUUUGUGCGAUGGGGUCGGUAUCAUACUACAGCCCGCUGAAGGAGAAAACCACUUCCGCCGUAUAGGCGCUUUGCGUUUCGAAGCGACGCAAAAAAUAAUGGAGUCGACCUAUCUCCAAGUAGACACGGAGGAUCUCAAAGGCUGUGAUGGAGAAAGGAAAUAUAAGAUCUGGUUGGAUUGA